AUGGCUCUCGUUGAAUACGCAAACACCAUCCUCUCCAAUGCGUUUAGGAUAUGCUCCUUUCUUUUUCUUCGAGUGCUCCCCCACCAUCUCGGCGAGAUAAUCCUUCCCGCGCUCUAUCUCGGAUACCUCGCGACAUGGCUGCUGCUGCCGGCCCCGGCCUCGUUUGACGUCGUGGUCGACGAAAAGCCCGUCAAGGCGGAGGAGAAGGCCGAGCCAAAUGGCAAUGGCGCGGCGGAGCACAAGACGGAGCCUUCUAUAACUGCGAGGGUGCGCAGCCCCAAAGAGCCCGACUCCAUCCGUAGCAUCCUCCUCGGCCUCCCGACCCCCGUCAAGCGCCAACGCCUGCUCAACCUCGCCAUCAACACCCUCUUCCUCCUCGCCGCCGUCGACCUCACCUUCGCCCCGUACUUCGACCCCGCCCAUGACGUCACCUUUACCCGCGUCGGCGCCGUAUACCCCGACGGCGCCAAGAUCGUCGUCCGCUACCCGCCGCCCAAAGCACCCAAAGCGUCCCUCCCCGCCGCCGCCGGAAACAACACCGCCUCCGACAUCGUCGACGCCGUCGACGAGCGCCUGAACGAGGUCCGCGUGCAAUGGCGCCAGGUCCCCACCGCCCUCUCCGCCUCGCCCGACGCCUCCGCGGGCUGGAAAGACGGGCCGAUCGUGAGCCUCGCCGCCGAGCACGACUGGGUCGCCACCGCGCGCCUCUCCGGCCUGUACCCGUCCACGAUCUACGAGUACCGCCUCGCGCACCUGAACGGCACCGCGCGCGCCUACCCGCCGUUACCCGUCGCGUUCCGCACCUUCCCCGACCCGCGCUACCCCGCCGGCUCGCACUUCCGCUUCGUCGUCUCCUCCUGCGUCAAGCCCAACUUCCCCUACAUGCCCUUCCAGGGGCGCACGAUCAAGGGUUUCGACCUGCUCGCGGAUUAUCUGUGGCCGAAGCGACCUGCGACGUCGGCGCCUCCUACCAAGACGUCGGCGUCGUCUUUAUCGAGCACUGUUGCAACCGAGGCGUCUACAACUCAAGCUUCUACCGUCAGCUCGGAGAAGCCUACUAGCACCGCGGUUGCUCCAUCAUCGCCGGUUGCAACCCCUCCACCGGCUACAGAGUUUAUGCUGUUCCUUGGCGAUUUCAUCUAUGCCGAUGUACCGCUUUACUUCGGCGAUGACAAGGAAGCCUACCGCCGUCUGUACCGGCGCAACUACAACUCGCCUAGCUUCCGCAAGGUCUACGAGCAGCUUCCCAUCUUCCACGUCUACGACGACCACGAGUUCAUCAACAAUUUCGCGGGCGAGGCCAACUUUUCCGCGCCGCCCUUCCCGAACGCCUCGGACGCGUACGACCUCUACAACCACCAGGCCAACUACGACGCCUCGACCUCGUCCGUCGUGAAAGGGCCCGGCAAGAACUACUACGACUUCCGCUACGCCGACGUCGCGUUCUUCGUCAUGGACACGCGCGCGUACCGGACCGACCCGGAGCACAGCGAGCCCGAGGAGCGCACCAUGCUCGGCGACGAGCAGCUCACCGCGCUGUACGACUGGCUGGCCAAGGUCAACGGCACGGCGACGUUCAAGUUCAUCGUCUCCUCCGUGCCCUUCACCUCCCUGUGGACGUACGAAGCCCAGACCGACUCCUGGGCCGGAUUCCCCUCCGAGAAAGCCGCGCUCCUCUCCGUCCUCCACACCGUCCCCAACAUCGUCGUCCUCUCCGGCGACCGGCACGAGUUCGGCGCGAUCCAGUUCAACCCGGAACACGACGCGCCCGGCCAGCACCCGGUGCUCGAGAUCAGCACGAGCCCGCUGAGCAUGUUCUACGUCCCGCUCGUGCGCACGCUCAAGCCGCGCAGCGAGGCGACGGUGAAGCGGUUCAGGACGGUGAUGAAUACGACGGCGGAAGGGGAGGAGGUGGUGCAGACGGUGGAGGAGACCGUGCCGAAGGAGGUGGUGCUAAAGUACAUCCCCGUGGGCAACUAUAAGUGGUCCGCGAUCGAGGUCGACACCAGGGAUCUCGACCACCCCGUCGUGAAGCUCGAGAUGGUGGCCGACGGCCGACCCGCAUACCACUUGGAGAUCAAGGGAACGCCGGUCAAGCUCGGGUGGUCGACCGCCAUCGGCGCGUUCGUGCCCCAGAGCUUCAAGGGCGUGCUAGACAAGAUUGGCCUCAAGCCCAGCAAAUGGUUCUAG